AUGUAUAGAAGGGAGAGAUCUCUGCAAGAAGACAUGUUAUUCACACAAAGGAGAAGAACCCCAUCUUUCUCUUCCUCUCUCCUCGACGCUGUUUACCGUUCCAUCGACGAGUCCAACGCCGAAGAAGCUCAUUUCAAAGAAACGUGCGUGUUCAAGAAACAAAGCAUUUCUAGCUCUGCCAAGCGUGGCACUUGGCUGGAAGAAGAGGAAAAGGAGGUGCUGAAUCUUCGUCGGAUCGACGACUGGAUGGAGAAGCGGAGCAUUCACAGCUCGGUGCUCUACAAUUCAGCCUCGAGCUCCUCGGAGUCUAGCUCUGGCGCAACCUUCUCGUCCUCGGAAACAGAGUCGAGCGACAAACACAAACCGAAACCGAAACCGAAGCUGCGGAGCUCCAAGAAGCAGACAAAGUUGGAGUAUUGGGAUUCCGGGAAGCAGCCCAAGUCAAAGAUUGAAGGUGGUUUCACAAAGACGAAGUUACAGGCAUUGAAAAUCUACGAGGAGUUGAAGAAAGUGAAGCAGCCCAUUUCGCCAGGAGGUCGCAUUGCUAGCUUUCUCAACUCGAUUUUCAACUCUGAUAACGUAAAGAAAGCCAAAAUGUGUUAUGUUGGAGCUGUGGAAGAUGUGAACUUGGAGCCUAAAUCCAAGUCUGCAUGCUCGUCGGCGGCUUCGCACUCGAGAUCUUGCUUGAGCAAAAGCCCUGCUUCAAGAGGGAAACUGAGCAGCAAUGGUAUCAAAAGGUCUGUGAGGUUUUAUCCUCUUAGCGUGAUUGUCGGUGAGGAUUCUCAGCCCUGUGGCCAUAAAUGUAUUCAUGACGAGGAUCCAACCCUAAUGCCAAUGCCAACUCUUCGAAAAAUCACAAAAACUCGAUCGGUAAAGGAGAGCACAAGUACAUACCAUUUGAGAGGUUUUGGUCACAAUGGAAAAGUUGAUAAUGAUGAUGAUGAUGAUGAUGAUACAGAGAGCUGUUCAAGCUCGGAUUUGUUCGAGCUUGAUCACCUUGUUGGGAUUGGGAGGUACAGAGAGGAGCUUCCAGUGUAUGAAACUACUAAUUUGGAAACAAAUCAAGCAAUUGCUAAGGGGUUGAUUUUGUAG